UGCGCGUAUUUACAUUAGUUUAUGUUGAUUCUAGCUCUGUUUUAAGGUAAGUUAAGGAAUGGCAGAGUCUAUUGACUAUAUUAUGUUUAGUAAGUAUGUAUAAUUAAAUAUUUACGAUAAUAUGUAACCUGUCAACUUCCCGCUAAGUUGCCUGACGCGAGCAAAACUUCAGUAUUGUGUCAUGUGCAAUCGAAGGACCAACACGCAUCUCAGCAACGCCUUCCGCGGCCGCUCUCGGGAGAGAAAACUUUCAAAACACUGCCGUUUUCAAACAGGAAAAACAUUAAACUACAUUCGUGGAAUAUUCGGGGGGAAUCUAAGGAUUCAAAAUGAAUAAUCGCAAACAACGAACUACGACGCUUUUGCCGAGUACAUAGGAUAACACGAGAUAGGAAAAGUGUGUAGUAAUACUGAACUUAAUCCUAGAUCAAUGAAAGAUAACAUUCUGUACCGGGAAUAAAAUGGUUCAGUGUUUUCUGACGAUUUUGUUAAUAAUAAUUUUGCCUGCGUCAGUGUGUGUGUUUGUUUCAAGUGAUACGGUUUUGCAUUGAAAAUUGUAAAUACUUACGCUUAGUGUAUUAUCCGUUUACUAAUAUAUUGUGAUAAGAUUUACAAUUUCACUGACUUGGUGACCUUGCGUGUUGGUAAUAUAAUAUUAACGGUCUACAUUGACAGUCUAAAGGAACGUAGUAAUUUAAUUCACUUAAGUGAAGAUUUACCGCAAGAUUAACAACGGAUAAUUUCAAUACAUUUGUAAAGUUAACUUAUAUUAUUUACUGAAGGAAACGAUAGUAUAGUGACUUAAAGUAUUAAACUUGAAUUACAUUAAACCAAAAUUACGUUUGGUUUCAAGUACGGCUUUGUUAAGAAAAAUGAUUUAGAAAUACUUUGAAAUAAUUACGUUCAAUUUUGGAAUGUAACCUAAACCGUUUCUGAAAAGUGACUUUGGAAAAUAUAAAGAAAAUAAAAAAUCGAGAAAUAACACUAAAUUGCUUACGAUGCAAAGUAACUACCACCCCCACCCCCAUUUCAACCCAGGCCAGCCCCCUGUCCUCCAACCCCCCCAAAAUAAUUGAAAAAUGAAAAUAUUCAAAAAGAAGUUAAAAUUAACGAAAAAGAGCUAAAAAUAUAUUGUGACCUGGAACCAGCAUGGGCUGUGGGGCAAGCAUACCCGAUUCCCCGUCCAAUCAGGUUGAAUACUAUGACCACGUCAAGAUGGCACCUAAUGGCACGGGCACUGUGCCCAUGCCCGCGGUUGCCGAGGAGGUCUCUGUGAACAUCCUAGAGCAGGCGAAGGAGGCCCCGAAGCCACGCGAGGAGGGCUCCUUCGUGUUACCCGAAGGCGACUUCGUCGACGGUCGACUUGGUAUUAUCCUGAAUAGCGCAGCUAUUGCCGAUAUUCAAGAGGAGGAAUCAGCCAUUGAGACCCUCAAGGGCAAACUAGCGGUGGAGGAGCUCUUCUGUGACGAGGACUUCCCCGCCGACAACUCCUCCAUCUUCUUCUCGGAGAGAGAGGAAACCGGCAUCGAAUGGAAGAGGCCCUCGGAGAUAAUAUCGGAGCCGAAGCUCUUCGUGGACGGCGCCAGCAGGAGAGACGUGGUCCAGGGGAAAUUGGGGGACUGCUGGUUCCUUUCGUCCUGCGCGGCCGUCGCCAGGAAGCCGAAAUUGAUUGAGAGGGUGGUCCCACCCAACCAACACCUGUACGGGGAAGAGUACAGCGGCUUGGUCGUGUGUCGAUUCUGGCGUUUUGGUGAAUGGGUGAGCGUCUGCGUGGAUGACCGACUUCCCACCAAGGACGGAGAGAUCCUCUUCGCCCGGAGUUCGGACCCCACCGAAUUUUGGGUGGCCAUCCUGGAGAAGGCCUAUGCGAAACUCCACGGCUCCUACGAGGCCAUGGAAGGAGGGCAGAGUAUGGACGCCAUGGUGGACUUGACAGGAGGACUUGCAGAGAGGUACGACAUGGAGGAUACCGAGGACAAGAAUCAGUUGUACAAGUUGCUUCUGAAGUCUUCGCAAAACGGAGCCUUCAUCACGUCCUCGAGGAAGGGAGACUGGAAGAUGGCUACGAAAGCGGACGAGCACGGGUUGGUGGAAGGCCACGCUUACACGGUGUCUGGCGUGGCCCGUGUGAGACACGAAACCCUAGGGACGGUCAAACUCCUGCGCGUCCGGAAUCCUUGGGCCAACGAGGCCGAGUGGAAUGGCGACUGGGGUGACAGCGACGAAAAAUGGGACGGCAUCUCGGACGAGCAAAAGACGAAACUCGGUUUCCACCUGACCGUCGACGGCGAGUUCUGGAUGUGUUUCGACGAUUUCUGCGGUCAGUUCGAAGAGGUUUCCGUCUGCACGAUCGGGCCCGAUUUCGAUCACGACGGGACCGUCGACUACGUUGGCCAGGUGAAAGCCAUCAAGGGCGAGUGGGUGGUCGGCGAGAGCGCAGGUGGAAGCAGAAACGACUUCGAGAAGUUUGCAACCAACCCGCAGUACUUGUUAACCAUAACAGAACCAGACGACGACGACGAAAACGAAGGUCGUUGUAGCGUCCUCAUCGGCCUACUGCAGGAGCACAGGAGGUCGCUCCGUUCCUUGGGCGUGAAGAUGAUACAGAUUGGAUUCGUCAUCUACAAGACGGACGACCCAGAAAACCGCCUUCCUUCGUACCACUUCCACUACCACUACGAGGAGGGCACUUCCGGCACUUACAUCAACUUCCGGGAAGUGCUGGCGCGGCAAGAGUUGGAACCAGGACAUUACGUCAUCAUCCCAGCCACUUUCCUCCCUGACACGCCGGGCCACUUCAUGGUGCGAGUGUAUUCUCCGAAGCCUUUCGAACUGGCGAAGCUGGAUUAGGA